GAGAUACAAUCUGCAUUAACAAUGACUUCAUGGUGAAGCUAAUAAUCACGCAAAUGAAUAAACAUGCAUUAAAUACUUGGUCUCGGAACACUUAAUCGCGCGCUUUCAAAGAGGGAAGUUCUAGAAUCGUGAGAGGCGCUGUUUCUGGUUUAUUCUGCACUUUGAAUGUCGAAGACUUGAUAUGCAUACAGUUGCGAUGACUGUCAUUCAACACUUGAGAUGUUUGUUCUUUGUGCUUGCAGUCACUCAUCUCUUUUCACCCGUCGUAGAAUCUGCGACAAAUUUAGAACUUUCUUCCAUAUUCCGAGUUUGUAAUUCUUGGAAGUCAUUCAGCAGGAGCUCACUGGACUGUUCCAUGCGGAACUUGACGGACGUUCCGGCCAAUGCUGGACACAUGAUUAAACUAGACAAAAUGGACUUGAGCCAAAAUGACCUAAAACAAGUUGGGUUGGAAGAUUUUGUGAACAUUGAGAUGAAGCAUUUAAAUCUGUCUCAUAAUCAGAUUGCAGUGGUAUUUCAACGUCCUUUUAGGAGAUUGCGAAAAACGCUGGAAGAGUUGAAUUUGGACAGAAACGGAUUCAAGUUUAUUCCACUGGCUGUUGGUACCUUAUGCAAUAUCAAACGUCUGUCGCUGUCAUACAACUUCAUCUCAGAUAUCUGGCUUGAGAACAUAAUGUGUGUGACAAAAUCUAUAGAAGAACUGGAUUUGCGAGGAAAUCAACUAACUUAUCUUCCGUUAUCAGUAAACUCUAUGAAGAGGCUAACACGACUAGAUUUGUCCGAAAAUCGGAUUUCUGGUGUAGACGGGCUGGACCGUUUGGUAAAUUUAGAAUCUCUCAACCUCGCCAGUAACAAGUUACAAUCUAUUCCGCCUCAAAUUAAAAAACUUUCCAAACUCAAAGAAUUAAACCUUUUUGAUAAUCAAAUCAUGAAAAUUCCGUCGGCUGCUUUUGCAGGAACACAACUUCAAAUGCUGUAUUUUGGUGGACAAAAAGUAGCAUUUCUUUCCCGGAAGGCGCUUGCUUCUGUUCAAGAAAAAUUGGAAUACAUUAAUUUCAAUUCUAUGAUGAUAACAGAGUAUCCGAAGAUCAUUACUAAGUGUAAAAAGCUGAAAACGUUAGAAAUGGCAGAUAAUGGACUGUCUAAACUUCCAAAACGAAGUUUUCAUAGAAAGGCUCAAAUGAUAAAACUCAACUUGUCCAGAAACAGCUUUGAAGACGUUCCAAAAACAAUAAACCGUCUCUCCAACCUGCAAACUCUGGAUCUGUCCUUCAACAAAAUCAUGGUAUUAAAACCUGGGACAUUUUCAAAGCUGAAGAAUCUUCGAAAGCUCGUUCUCAGCAAUAAUAUGAUACUGCAGUUUUCUUACACAGCAUUCCCUGAGGCCUCGCUAUCCACUAUUCGCUUAGACUUGGAUGUCCAUGGCAAUCUCCUCACUUCUCUAGAUGAAUGUUUUUUCAAAAUGGACUAUAUGAAAAUUCAUCUGGGUAGCAAUCCUUUGCACUGCGGCUGCUCCCUCUACGAAUUGACAGUGAAAGGGACCGUCUCAUUGGGGCAAGAUUUUCGAUGUAUGUCUCCGCCACCUUUACUAAAUGUCACGUCGACGGACUUGAUUUCAUCUUUACGGGAGACUUGUAGUACAGAAACAACUACCAAGACAGAUUGUGACUGACAAAAAAAUCUACGAAAUGAAAAACAGUAUUUUGUUGUUUGGACCAUAAGUAGCAACAUGUAGUUCUAAGUAAAACAAACCACAAAACAGCAAAUGUGCAUUUCGAAUUAUUCCGAUAUAAAUGCCUUGAAUUAUAUACGUUGUUAGAAAAAGUUUUGCGCAAAACAACACAUAAGAGAGCUACACGUGUAGCAAGUUUCACGUUAAACCGAACAUCUAUUCCUAUAUUAAAUACAUUCUAGUAGUAGAAAGGUUGGUUUCCAGUGGACUCGGAGACUUAGGGCGGCCUUUUAGUGCCUUGUCAUAAAAAUGAUAUUUUACUUUAAAAAAAGUGCCCUAUUGGAAUAAACUUUUCUACAGACCCAGACUUCAGCGCAUCGGGCUGUUAUAAAUAUCCAUUUGUUCAUAGAGGCAGGAACUACGUGUAUUUGCUCACAGUACUCCCAUUGUUUGAUUAUGCAUUAUCGAUAAAAGCUCAAUGAUUCACACAUUUAGAAAUAAGAUUGGUUAUAUAACCUUGUUUGCGUGAAUUCCAAUAUUCCUUGUCCUGUGAACGGCAAUAGUUUUCAAUAAAAUGUUCCGUGAUCACGUUUGUUCAUU